AUGAAUAUCAAUUUGAAAAGAAAAGCACCAGGUAAUAAACCGGUCAUAAAGAAAGCACGAGCCAGUGGAUUUGGGUUUAAAAAUGGCGAAAAUGGGAGCAGUAGUGAUUCAGAAACGGAAGAAAUGAAUUUUGAAAAAUCUAUCCAAGCCAAAUCACAGAAGAUAGCGAAGCAAUUAGCGGAUGAUAAUAAGACAGACAUGGUUGAAAUAAUAUCCGAGGUAGAGGAGCCAGAUUCUAAAAAUCUACCGAGAAAGAGAGUCGAAGGACUGAAAUAUAUCAAUAAGUUGUUAGAUUCGAAAAAGCAACGAGAAAAAGAUCGCAUACUAUCAAGACAAGAAUACAACAGCAAACAAAUAGAAGGAAACAAAGAUGCCGUGGUGUUUGAAAGUGAGGAUUACAAGAGACAAAAAGAAGAACUUUUGAAAAUGAGGGAGAAAGAGCAUGUUGAAGAUGAGGAACCUAAUAAUGUACAAUUUUAUUCGAAACUUUUGCAAUUUAGAGAGAGACGAGGUGACCCAAAUGACAUUUCUCGGAGCAUUACAACAAGCCAAGACGAUAGUCAAGAAGAGACGAAUAUACUGCCUGAGGAGACGAAUAUACUGCCCGAGGAGACGAAUAUACUGCCCGAGGAGACGAAUAUACUGCCCGAGGAGACGAAUAUAUUUUCCGGAACGAAUAGAAUCAAUGAACCUAUGAGAUCUACACGAGAAUCUGGCUUUAAUACAAAUAUAAUUAACUAUAAAACAAACGAAAAGGGGGAUAAAAAUCAGUUGCUAGAAAAGUUGAAAAAUCUAAUCAAGAGUAACAUUACCCCAGAUGAUAUUCGAGAAUAUAAGAGGCGAUAUUGGAAUAGAUAUGAUAAUUAA